AUGGCCGAGACAAAGAAACAAAAGCGAUUAAAAGCGAUACAAAAUAGUCACAGAAACGUUGUAAACAAUUUAUUACAAGAAGCGAACAAACUCAUUGGUGUUGACAGUUUAAGCGAGAAUCAAAAGGGACGAAUCGAAGUUAUAAGUACUCUAUCUGAAAACAAAUUGAAAACCCCGAAUGAAAUCGACCAAGAAAUCUUAAAUGUAUGUGAAUUGACAAAUAUAAGCAAUGAAAUUCAGGAAUCAGAGGAAAUUGUGGCCCGGAUUAUCGAUUGUCAACGAAGGAUUAAAGAAACGAAACAAAAACAGCGAUCGCCUGCAAUUAAUGUAAACACAGAAGUCGAAGCGAACGCCCAAACGAUAACGAGUACUUCUCAACCGCAA